GUGAAAUUAGAAAUAUUGUAUUUAAUAUUACAUUGAAAAUAAAGUGUCACAUGUAAAAAAAAAAAGGCUCAUUUUUCUUGCCCCUUAUGUGCAACAGAUAAGAAAAAUGGAGAUAGUAUUUUCUUGCCCCUUAUGUGCUCACUUUUUUGUAUUUUUCUUUUAAAAAAAUUAAUAGUAAUGGGAUGAUCUAGUUCUUACAUAAGAUAUAUCGCGAGGAAGCUUGAUUUGGACGAUUUGGGACAGUGACAUCUUUUCUUAUAUAUUCAUACGGACUACGUUAAUUAGUGUAGUUAUGCGGUUCAAUGUGUACUCUUUUGAAAAAACCAACAUUACACAAAUUUUUAAACACUAUAACAAUGAGGUCAUUGGCUGUAGGCGUGGGACGGUGUAUAUAUAGCUAGCCCAUUAAAACUCCUCACACUCCCCAUCUCUUUGUCUCUCUCUUUCUGCUCUUUUAUUAGUUCUUACUCAUCAUCACUAUCAUCAUGAUGAACCAAUCCGUAAAGAUGGAGCCUCAGAUUUCUUUUUCUUUUCAUCAUUUUCAUGAGGCUCCAAUAUGCUGUUCCCUUUUGAUUGUUCCUUUGACGGCCCUUUUUCUGGUUCUGUUAUUCCAAAAAUACUACUCCCUCUACGCCAAUAGGAAGCCAAGGGUGUGGUGUAAAUGCUCCAUUUGCGACACUUAUGUAACUGCAAGUUGGUCCCUCAAGUUCCAAAACUUAUGCGAUUGGUACACUCAUCUCCUCCGGGAGUCCCCAUCUCAGACCAUUCAUAUCCACGUGCUGGGCAACGUGAUCACCGCCAACCCGGAUAACGUGGAGUACAUGCUCAAGACCCGGUUCGACAAUUUCCCCAAAGGCAAGCCCUUUUCCGCUAUCCUCGGCGACUUCCUCGGCCGUGGAAUCUUCAACGUCGACGGCGAUCUCUGGAGAUUCCAGCGCAAAAUGGCCUGCCUCGAGCUCAAUAAAACCUCCUUGAGAUCUUUUGCUUUUGAUGUCGUCUUACACGAGGUCCAAAAUCGCCUUCUUCCUCUUCUAUUCAGCAAGUCAUCAGACGGGAAAAAAGAAGGAGAAGACCAGGUUCUCGAUUUCCAAGACGUUUUUAAAAGAUUCUCUUUUGAUUGCAUAUGUAGAUUUUCCUUUGGGUUGGACCCGAAAUGCUUGGAGCUUUCUUUACCUUUGUCCGAAUUCGCUGUGUCCUUUGACUUGGCUUCCAGGUUGUCCGCGGAGAGGGCUAUGACGGCUUCUCCGAUGACGUGGAAGAUCAAGAGACUGUUAAACAUCGGCAGCGAGAAGAGACUUAGAAAAGCAAUAAAAAACAUCGAUUUGCUAGCUAAAGAGGUCAUUCGUCAACGACGUAGCUUAGGUUUUACCCAACAUAAAGAUCUACUAUCCCGGUUUAUGGGCUCGGUUAACGAUGAAACUUACUUGCGUGAUAUCGUGGUGAGCUUCCUCUUGGCGGGCCGGGACACCGUGGCCUCCGCUCUGACGAGUUUCUUUUGGCUUAUAGCCAACCACCCGGAAGUUGAGGCCGCGAUCCAAAUCGAGGCGGACCGAGUUAUUGGGCCUAAUCAACAGCUCACCAGCGUUGAUCAAUUGCGGGAGCUUCACUACUUGCAUGCUGCCGUGUUGGAGAGUAUGCGGUUGUACCCGCCGAUUCAGUUCGAUUCGAAAUUCUGUUCUGAAGCGGAAGUUUUACCGGACGGGACGCUUGUCGGGAAAGGCACCAGGGUUACUUAUCAUCCCUACGCAAUGGGCCGGAUGGCCAAUAUUUGGGGUUCGGAUUGCUUGGAAUUCAAGCCCGAGAGGUGGCUGAAAGAUGGCGUGUUUUGCCAAGAAAAAAACCCUUUCCAGUACCCGGUUUUCCAAGCUGGACAAAGGGUCUGUUUGGGGAAAGAAAUCGCUCUCAUGGAGCUCAAAAGUGUGGCACUCUCUCUUUUGCGGAGGUUUCACGUUGAUUUGGCCGAAGCCCAUCACACGCCGCGCUUCUCUCCGGGGCUCACCGCCACUUUCCGUGGCGGUUUGCCGGUGUUUGUCCGGGAAAGAAAAGCGCCAUCUUAACCAUCAGGUUUCAUGUGUGUACAACUGUACAUAUAUUAGCUAGCUAGCUCGACGUUAGUACUAUUUAUAUGUACGUAAGUUACCCUAGCAAAGUCUUUUUUUAAUAUACAAAUAUACAUAUUUAGUUUUACCCUAGCAAGCUUAUUAUAGAGUCUAAUGGCCUAAUCGGUGAACCAUUUCAUUGGUGCCGACGUCUGCACAGUUAGCUAUCUAGCAUCACCGUUUUUGUUUGGUAUUGAAUGAUGAAAAUAGAUAUUUGAUUGAUAUAUAGUUUUGGAAUUAAUUUGAUCAAGUUGCCGAUGGAUGCCGACAUGUCAUGCCAAAGCGUGCGGCCGCCGGCAGGUACACACAUUUGCCUAAUUAGUGUCGGUAAAUUUAGUCAUGUAUAAUCACAUGUUAAAGGCUGGGGAAUUGGGAAUUGUGCAGAGGUUCAUGUUUGGUACGUAAUGUGCCCCUUUGUCCUAAAAACAUGAAGUAGCAAGUUAAGUGUACAUUCAUCGUCUGUUAUAUAAAUGUUAGAAUUUGAUUUUUUACAUUUUCCG